CCAGCCUCUUUUUUUUUUCUCUCCAUUGUGUGCACACAUCAAAAUAUUGAGAGAGCGAAGUGAAAAAAGAUUUGGAAUACGUUUUGAACUCGCCGUCAAAAACCCAUUCCAGUAGCCACUGAUCGGUUUCGCCGAUUCCACCGCUUCUUGUUAUUUAUCAGAUUGUGGGGUUAAAGCCGAAGAAUUUAAAUUUUUUAAUUUUAAUGCAAGUAAUGAUUUUUAUUCUGGUUUAUACGCUCCUCCAUCAAUGAAGGGUUGUAUCAUGGCAUGAUCACUGCGCAAAUAAUCGCCUUUCCCUUCUGGGUUUUCGAGGAUUUCGCGUUUGUUUCGUUGGGUCGGCGUUUCCUUUCUAUUUUUUAUUUUUUUUAUUAUUUGGGUUUUCUUUUGUUCUUUUUCUUGCCACUAUUUUUUUUUUUUUGGGGGGGGGGGGGGGGGGGUGAUUGAAGUGAUGCUAGACUUCAGGGAAGGUUUCAAUGUGAAAAAAUAACAUUUUUGGGUUCUGGGGUUAGGCCUAGGGCUAGAAAGUUUUGGUGGGUGGUGGAGAUGAAGGAGAAUACUGAUAUUGAGGAAGGAGAGGCUUGCUAUUAUAAUGUUGAUGAUGAAGCCAACAUUGACCCCGAUUCUUUCUCGUACAUUGAUGAGAAGAUUCAACAUUUUCUUGGUCAUUUUCAAAAGGACUUUGAAGGUGGUGUAUCUGCUGAGAAUUUGGGUGCAAAAUUUGGUGGCUAUGGUUCCUUUUUACCUACCCAGGAGCGCUCUCCUUGUUUGUGUUCUCAUCCAAGGACUCCACAAAGAAACCACAGCUCACCAGAACUUAGUAUCAAUCUCCACAUGGAGGCUGUGUCUCAUAACACAAAAGCAUCUUCAAAUGGGCUUCCUGCAAGGCCUGAAAAUGCUUCUCAUAGUUCUUAUUCAUUUCGUGAUUUAAAAGAAGCUUCAGUAAAUGAUUCAGUGAAGAAAGAACAAGGAAUUUCUUCCAGUGAUAUAGCUGAGAGGUGCACUUCGAAAGAUGAUAGUACAAAAAAGACAGGAAAUUCAACUGACCAAAGGCCACUGAAGUUUCGAAUUAAAAUGAAAUCUAAUAUCUUAGCACCAAACAAUGCAGAGAUAUAUAGUGGCCUUGGGCUUGAUAACUCUCCCUCUUCCUCAAUGGGGAACAGCCCUGUGGAAAGUGAAGGCAUGCCACCAGUAUCUCAAGAGAAUGCUGAAGAUUCUCCAAAUGGCAUUAUUCAGGUUAUGACUUCCUUUCCUAUCUCUGGGGGUGUUCUAAUAUCUCCUCUGCAUGAUAGUUUGCUCUACAUGAUAAAGAAUGAAAAAGUUAUCAGAGACAGCAAAUACUUGUCUUCUCUUAAAGGUCAUCAAGAUACUUGUUCCAUGUCUACUGACGAAUCAGAUUCUUUUGUGGGGGAUGAACAUUUGAAGAAGAAAACAGUGAGAAUAAUGAGAGAAAGUGAAAAACAGUUGGAAUUGAAGCAUACAAAUGGCACCUUUUCUGAGAAGGAUUUGACAUUGCAUACAAAGAAAAGAUUAGGAAAUAGAACACCGGAUUGUAAAGAUUUCCUCUCUAAUGACUUGAAACGUACACCUCUGUCAAGUUCAAUUUGUGAUGCUGGUGAAACAGCUGAAGUCACUGCUAAAGCUUUUGAAGCCUCCAAGGACUUUAAUGAGAGUGGAGUGCAAGGCAGAAUGGUUCCCGUAGAAGCUUUGAAGGAGGAGUCAUUGGAGUCAAUAUCUGGUCAGGAUUUUGAGAAGACUGAAAAGCAAAAUGCAGGAAAUGGGUUUAUGAAAAAUGCUUUAGAGCAUAAACUGGAAAAUUCCCGCAAGGAUAAUUUUACAGACCCUAUGAAUAAUAACAUGCGUAAUACUUUCAUGAAUAAGUUUGAAUCUGAUGCAGUAAAACACAAGGUAGAUCAUAAGUAUGAGAACCAUCAGAAAGUAAAGGCCGUGUCUGAGCGGAAGACUAAGUCAAAGGGUGAUCUGAGUCCUGGAAAAGCUGAGGCUGUUGGAAGAAAAGAUAGCUUUGGUGGUACUAAUAAUGCAAUGGUAAUUGAUAAAGGGAUUGCUGGCUUUGACAAUACUUGUAAAAGUAAAAUGAAUAAGUCAAUGUCACUGAAGGGCAAAAAGUUCAGUAAUAGUAACGGGGAUUCAUUGAAAGAAAAAAAAUCAGAACAGAAAGUUGCCAGUGUUGCCAGUAUUGGUGCUAUAAAAAACGGUAACAUCGGUAAUGGAAAAAAGAGUGCAUUUGGGACUAAGGUAAAGGAAAGACUGAGUGGCCAUAAAGUGGCCAACCAGUUGCUAGCUGGGCCAUGCAUCAAAGAUACUUCAGCUGCACUUCCUAUUGCUGAAAACAACCUUGCUCCAGAGAUGAUUUCAUCAGCAGUAGGAGUGCCUCAAGUUAUUGCGGAAGAUUGGGUAUGUUGUGACAGUUGCCAGAAAUGGCGGCUACUGCCUAAUGGUAUGAAGCCAGAGCAUCUUCCAGAGAAGUGGCUGUGUAGCAUGCUAAAUUGGCUGCCUGGAAUGAAUUCAUGUGACUUCAGUGAGGAUGAGACAACAAAAGCACUUUAUGCCUCAUAUCAAAUACCAAUUUCCGAUGGUCAAAAUAACAUGCAAAGCCAUGGCACUGAAACUGCAAUUGGAGUGAGCUGUACUUUGCAAUAUGGCCUGAAUCACAAAAUGUCCACUUUUGAUAUGUUGUCUGAUCGAGAAAAGAAGAAACAUGUUAUUAAGGAAAAGACAAUGUCAGGAAGUAAUAAUGAUGUUCUUCAGUUCCCAAAUUCUGCAAAGAUCAAUGUUCAAGUAUCUGGAAAAAAUAGAAGCUUGAAUGCCAUGAAUCAUCAUCCUGCUGACUUAAACCCAAUGAAGAAGACAAGUUCUUCUAAACAUCUUAGCAGGCUUGACAACAUGAUAGAAGAGAAAAACGUGCCUAAAGAGAAAGAAAAGCAAGUAAAUGAAGGUGAUAGAAAGCAUGCUAAGUUGAAACGUAAGAUGGAUGCUGAUCAAUAUAAAUUGGGAACUCCUAAGAAACCAAAAGUCGAAAAUGUUUUCUAUACUGAUAAGCAAUUGAAUCCUGGCAUGGACCUUGAGAAGGUGUCUCUAUAUUCAAGAAAUGGUUUGCCAACAAAAGCUAGUGGGAAGGAAAUGAGGAAGUAUGAUGAAUAUUGUUUAUCUGAUGACAUACAGGACAGAUUACCAGUCACUGUCAAGAAUGAGGGAGAUCAUGCUCAGGUCUCGUCUGGUGGUGGGUCCUUGGAUGUGAAAAACAGAAGUAAAAGUGGUUUAAUGAAGAAAAGGAAAUUGAAGGAGCAUAUGGAUGAUGAAAAGCAUAACAACUCAUACUCCUCGCAUGGUGAAAAGCAGUAUGGUGAAGAAGGCAAUGCAAGUGAAAUUAGGAAGCAAAAGAAAUACAGAAUUUUGAGUAAAGAGGCAAAAUUAGUAACUGAAGGUGAUGAUAAAUUGAGUAAAGAUGGGAUGAGGCAAGUUUGCUUGUCAGGCAAUAGGGACCAAAUGGCUGUUGGGACAGAAGUAAGAUUUGUUGAUAAAGGCAACCAGCCAAGGAAGCAUAGGAAAAAUGUUGCAUCUCUUCAUGCUUCGGACAGUAUUGAUCAAUUGGGCAAGGGUUUGGGCUCUAGACCGCUUUCAUUGGCAGCAACUUCAAGCUCUUCUAAAAUUUCAGGGUCUCAUAAAGCUAAAACCAACUUUGAAGAUGUGAGAGGUUCACCUGUUGAAUCUGUCACCUCGUCACCUCUGAGGGCCUUCAACUUGGAUAAGAAUAUUUUGGCAAUAGGAGACACUUCAGUGAAAGAUGAUGCUACAAAAGGUUACCUCUCUUCAGUAGGUUCAAGGAGAAGUGUUGAUAAUAGGGAGGGAAAGCUAUCAGUAAAAUUGAAGGCGGGUAGAAUUUCGCAUGACUUACAUCCUGCAUCCCACAAAUUAUCUUCAAUAGAGGCUCGGUUUGAGGAUGCUAAAGACACAGCCAGGGUCCAAGCUAAAAAAUCUUCUGAACUAAAGAAUAAUCAUUUGCUUGAAGCUGGUGUUCAUGUUGAACAGCCUGGUUAUUGUGCUAAUGGUAUACGUUAUGAGGAGAAAGUAAACAAGGACAACCAGGAAAGUGAACUUUCUUGGCAGAAAUCUGGUAAGGUUUCAUCAUUGCACCGCAAGGAGAAGGGCAGAAAGUCUGGUUCUCAUGUUGGUAUGAAUAAGAUGAAGAUUUCAGUUUCAGACAUUGGUGGUUAUUCAAAAACAAGUGGGAAGCAUGAUUCAGCAGUUAAUCCCAGUAAUCAUGCAUCUGGUGCUGAGGCAAAAAAUAAUGCUAAAUAUAUUUCUUUGAAGUCUAAAAGUGAAAUUGACUGUAUUAUUCAGAAAAGUGCUUUAAGACAUGGGCCAAAUGAAACUGGAAAACAAACUGAGAUAAAAGAAAGAGACUUUGAGAAUUCAAUUCUGAAGAUGAAUGCUCAAUGUAGCACUGAUAAUAAGACUAUCUCCCGGCAAAACCUGACUCAGGAUUUUAAGGGAGAAAACAAAGCUAAUCUCACUGAAUCCAGAGUUGGGGAAUCCAAAGUUCUCCCAUCUGCAGUGGAUGAAGUAAAAAGGGAAGCAUUGAAUGUGAGUUCUAGAACUGUACCUCAGUAUCAAAAGGGAGGCAUGUCUAAUGAGCGUCCUGUCCAUGUUUCUGGCAAUGAUGAUUUGGCCAAGUCAAUGAGAAAUUAUGCCGAUGUUAGUAACAAUGCUGGAGUUAAUUAUAGUUCUGGAAAUUUUGCACCUGAUCAGCAACUUACUUUGUCAAGUCCUUUGAGAACUAAUUCCAGCCAAACUGCUACUGGCACCCUGGAAGAAGCCGCAAAACUAAAAGAUAGAGCAGAUAAUUAUAAGAACUCCGGGUUUGACUUUGAAAGCAAUGAGACAUACUUUCAAGCUGGUUUGAAGUUUCUGCAUGGAGCCUCUCUUUUAGAAAAUUGUCAUAAUGAGAGUAGCAAGCAUGGGGAAAUGAGUCAAAUGAAAAUUUUUGCUACUGCAGCAAAACUUUUCAAAUGCUGUGCCCAUGAAUAUGAAACUCACCAAGAAAUGGCAGCUGCUGCUUUGGCAUAUAAAUGCAUGGAGGUGGCAUACAUGAGAGUGGUUUACUGUAAAAAUUCUAGUACUAACAGAGAUCGACAUGAGUUGCAAUCAACUCUUCAACUGGUUUUUCAAGGCGAAUCUCCUUCAUCUUCUGCAUCCGAUGUUGAUAACCUUAACAAUCAGACAGCAGCGGAUAAGGCUACUUUGCCCAGGGGUACUAAUACUCAUGUUGCUAUCAACCAAGUCAUAUCUGCUCGAACUCGUCCAAAUUUAGUCAGGCUUCUUGAUUUUACUCAGGACAUACAUUUUGCAAUGGAGGCUUCUAGAAAAUGUCAGAGCACUUUUGUGCUUGCUAAUGUGAUCAUGCAAGAAGCAUGGAAGAAGGACUGUAUAGCUUCUAUUAGAAGCGCUAUUGAUUUCAGCUUCCAGGAUGUAGAUGAGCUUGUACGUCUGGUUUGGACUGCCACAAAAGCCAUAAGUCACGCUGGUCUUGGUGGUACUAGAUUAUCUUGAUCCUGUAUAUAAUUUAUUUUUUUGGUUUUACUUCUCAACUGAAAUGGAUGGCAUUGUGAAAGGAAGAGGCUAAAAGAUAUCUACCAAGACUAGCACUUGGAAACCUGCUAAGGCGGCAGGUUGAAGGCGAUUUGCUACCCUUGUGUACAUUUGUACAAAAUGUGAUUGAUUAGAAAAUUUUGUAACACUUUUUCAGUUAAGGUUUUUCUUAAUGUGGAUAUAGGGGUACAACACACACCCUUAAAUUUUAUGGGUUAGAAAGAGGGAAGAGGAUUCCUGGCUGUCAAGUGAUGCCGGAUGGAUAUCAUAUAUGUUAGUUCAGUGCUACAUUCUUUGCUCCACUUAACUGGAGCCCCGGGAACAAGAAUUUAGAGUCUGGAAAGAUUAGGGAACCAUUUUUGAGGGCUUUGAACACUUAUAUAGUAGUUAUAAUAGGUCCAUUGUUAAUGACAAACUCUCCUUUUAUGUUAUCAUAUCAAAGUUUUGAAUGAAUAGAAAUCCUUGCAGAAAC